AUCACGGGCUCUGGGAAAAUAACAUCGCAAACCCGACCCGAGAAUAACCUAAAAAAAAAAAACGUAUUUAACAGCCCGGGUCGGCUCGCAGAGCAUUAUCAAGUUUAUCUGAAUACGCGAGGCCAACAUAAAACAUGCCGCAGAACGAGCACAUUGAGUUACACCGUAAACGCCACGGUUACAGGCUCGACCACCAUGAGAGAAAGAGGAAGAAGGAGAGCCGUGAGGCUCACGAGCGCUCGCACAAAGCCAAGAAGAUGAUCGGUCUGAAGGCUAAACUCUACCACAAACAGAGACAUGCAGAAAAGAUCCAGAUGAAGAAAACCAUUAAGAUGCAUGAACAGAAGAGGAGCAAACAGAAGGAUGAGGAUAAAACUCCAGAAGGGGCAGUGCCAGCUUAUCUAUUGGACAGAGAGGGGCAAUCACGUGCCAAAGUCCUGUCUAACAUGAUCAAACAGAAGAGGAAAGAGAAAGCUGGUAAAUGGGAAGUGCCAUUACCCAAAGUCCGUGCUCAGGGAGAGACGGAGGUUUUGAAGGUGGUCCGAACAGGAAAGAGACAGAAGAAAGCCUGGAAGAGAAUGGUCACUAAAGUUUGCUUCGUAGGAGACGGUUUCACUCGCAAACCACCCAAAUACGAACGCUUCAUCAGACCCAUGGGUCUGCGUUUUAAGAAAGCCCAUGUUACCCAUCCCGAGCUUAAGGCAACAUUUUGUCUGCCCAUUCUUGGAGUGAAGAAGAACCCCUCCUCUCCCCUCUACACACAGCUAGGCGUCAUCACUAAGGGAACAGUCGUUGAGGUCAAUGUCAGUGAACUGGGUUUGGUCACACAAGGAGGAAAGGUCAUUUGGGGUAAAUAUGCCCAGGUGACGAACAACCCAGAGAAUGAUGGCUGCAUUAACGCUGUCCUAUUGGUGUAAAAGGAGUUCCAUAGACCAUUAAUGAACUGUGCCCUGAUGUACAGCAUCCGUUUUCUCAGAAUCCGACUCAUAAUACUGGAGUUUGCAGCAGUAAUGCGGGAAUAUUGCCUCACAGGCUAGGCUGCAUGUGGUCGUGGAAAAGUUAAACAGAAAGGAAGGGAUUGAAUGCAGCAGAAUUCCUCUGUGUGUCUUAUGUCAUCAACCUAAGGGAAGACCUGGAACAGGAAGAAGGUUUUUCUAUUUUGUGCUCAAAUAAAUAAAAUUUCCAUUAUGUUC